AUGGGGACGGAUAGGCAGGGAUGGGCUGGGAUGGGCAUGGAUGGCCGAGAAUUAGCAGGGGUGGGCAAGGAUGAGCAGGGAUCGGCAGGGAUGAACAGGGAUGAACCGAGAUGGGCAGGGAUGGACAGAGAUAGGCAGGGAUGGACAAAGAUGGGCAGGGAUGGUCAGAGAUGGGCAGGGAUGGACAUGGAUGGGCAGGGAUGGACAGAGAUGGGCAGGGAUGGGCAGGGAUGGACCGAGAUGGGCAGAGAUGGGCAGGGAUGGACAGAGAUGGGCAGGGAUGGACAGAGAUGGGCAUGGAUUAGCUGGGAUGGGCUGGGCAUGGAUGGGCAUUGA